UGAAAAUAAACACCCAAAAUCGACACUUCCCAGUUUUCACGGGAAAUGAAAAAGAAACGCUGCCAUGGAAAACAGAACGAACGAGAAAGCUUCCUCUUUGAGAUGGAAGAUCCUCCGUCGCGCGCUUCUCUAUCACUCGUCUCCGCCAAACUCAGAUGAGCAAUCACAAAUGAUCAUGAAGCGCAUUUCAAGAAGGACCAGUCAUGGAUUCAACUUGAUUCCCUCUCAUGUAAUCGACGAUGAACCUGAUUUGAAUAAACGCGAUGGUUCUUCCAUCAGAGGCGCUCGCGUUUGUUACACUUUACCCAUCCCUGCCGCUCCUCAACUGCUUUUGACACAAAGAGUGGACAACCGUGCUGACCUCGGUGAUUUUGAGAUGUGCAACAGAUACAACGUUGACAACACUGGGCUUGUGUGUAAUUGGCCAUCAGAAGAUGUUCUUGCUCACUAUUGCUUGUCACAUGCAGAUACAUUCAGGUCUAAAAAAGUUAUCGAGCUUGGUUCUGGCUAUGGCUUGGCUGGAUUUGUUAUUGCAACUGCUACUGAGGCAUCCCAAGUUGUAAUCUCAGAUGGGAAUCCACAAGUAGUUGAUUAUACACAGCGUAACAUUGAAGCCAAUUCUGGAGCAUUUGGGGAUACAGUUGUGAAGUCUAUGAUGCUUCACUGGAAUCAAGAAGAUACUUCCAAUGUUGCAGACACAUUUGAUAUCAUUAUUGCAAGUGAUUGCACUUUCUUUAAGGAUUUCCACAGAGGCCUUGCUCGUAUUGUCAAACAUUUAUUAUCAAAAGCAGGAUCAUCUGAGGCUAUAUUUUUAAGUCCGAAAAGAGGCAACUCAUUGGAUCUGUUUUUGGAGGUGGCUAAGGAAAAUGGCCUGCGUUUCAGUGUAACAGAGAACUAUGACAAAGAAGUCUGGAAACGUCAUGAGGAAUUCUUGAAUGAAAAUAGGGACUCUUGGCCCAGUUAUGAGAAAGGUCACAGCUAUCCACUCUUAAUCAGAAUUACCCUUUGAACUUUCUUUCUGUUAUUCUCCUGAGACCUCGUUCACUUGUUGGUUGACUCUUGUUAGAUAAAGUACAGAUCUAUUACAAGAAAGGAACUGCCCUAGUACAGACAUUAACCGAUUGCAUGCUUUAAUUGCGCAAUAUUUUGUUUUGUUGGGGUCACAUCUUUAGUAGACAGCACUAUUCUCAUCCACGAAGGUUCAAAUGAAUAUGUAGUGAUUCACCUCUAAAGUGAAGAUUAAAAUUUCGGUCCUAAAAGUAUACAAGAUAUUAAACUUUUUCUUUUUGUUAAUCCACUUGGU